GCAACACAAACCAUUUCAGCUUCAGCCUUGUUUGCUACUGACCUUUGAAAUAAUUUGCGUGAAGUACCAUUAUGUGGGUGACACUGGCUCGAAGAUAUGUACGUCAAGAGUUCAACGCAACUUUAAAGGCGUAUCGUGACAUUCAGAGAUCAAUAAUCAUAUUAUUCACAUUUGAUUAAUAAAUAGUACAACCGCCCUUCCAUGACGCUGCAGACCUUUUAUUAAGGUGGUCAGUGCAGUACGUGACGCUCGUCCUGAGAGGUGUUAAUGCCCAGACUGUUUUUUGCAAAUAUGAACGUGUUUCUUCCUGUCUCUGUAGCCUACAGGAUACAUGGAGGCCCCUCUGUCUUACAGCACUAUCGAGGACCUACAGCUGUUGUCCUGGGACAACGCCCCCAAAUACUGUGUCCAGCUAAGCUUCCCUGGAGGGACAAUCCUCCUGCAGGCUGCUAACAGCUAUCUGCGGGACCAGUGGUUUCACUCUAUACAGUGGAAGAAAAAGAUCUACAAGUACCGCAAGGUUCUGAAUAACCCGAGCCGCUGGGACGUGGUUCUGAAGGAGAUCAGGGCCCUGGUGGAUAUGGCCCUCACCUCACCCCUGCAGGAUGAAUCCAUCCAUCAGGCCCCGCUGCACAUCAUCUCCACCCUGCUUGCUGAGAACACUAACCUCAGCGCUCAGGACCAUGAGAACAUCAUUGUGGCCAUCGCACCCUUGCUGGAGAAUAACCACCCUCCCCCUGACCUGUGUGAAUUCUUCUGCAAGCACUGUAGGGAGCGUCCUCGGUCGAUGGUGGUGAUUGAAGUGUUCACUCCUGUGGUUCAGAGAAUCCUCAAACACAACAUGGACUUUGGGAAAUGCCCCAGACUCCGUCUUUUUACUCAAGAGUAUAUUUUGGCUCUGAAUGAGCUUAACGCUGGCAUGGAAGUGGUCAAGAAGUUCAUUCACAGCAUGCACGGUCCCACCGGACAGUGCCCUCAUCCUCGGGUUCUCCCCAAUCUCGUGGCGGUGUGCCUAGCUGCCAUCUACUCUUGCUACGAAGAAUUCAUCAACAGUCGGGACAACUCUCCCAGUCUCAAGGAAAUCCGAAACGGUUGUCAGCAGCAAAGUGAGAGGAAGCCGCCCAUGCCUUUGCGCCUACUGCGGCCUGAGCCGCCCACGCCUCCCCCGACCACCACCCUGUCCCCACCUCCGGCCCUGCCCCUCUCACCACCACCUUCUAUCGUCAACUCCAGCGAGAUCCUGGUAGAGCUAGAGCGCAACAACAACACCACUAACACACUGUGCAAGGCCCCAGCAGAAGGCGACAGCGAGCCCAACCUGAUCGACUGUCUACUGGUCAGCCCCGCGCUCAAUGCCCUGUCCAUUCAGCUGCCUGCUCACGCCGACAGAGUGCUGGGAUGUUUCGCCCUCAUCCUUAAAAUGCUAUCAGACUACGAUGACUGGAGACCAGCACUAGCCAGCCUGCUUCAACCAAUCCCCUUCCCGAAAGAGGCCCUUGCACAUGCCAAAUUCACAAAAGAGCUGAAAUAUGUCAUUCAGAGGUUUGCUGAAGAUCCCAGACAAGAGGUCCACUCCUGUUUGCUCAGCGUGCGCUCUGGAAAAGACGGGUGGUUCCAGCUCUACAGUCCAGGAGGCGUAGCUUGCGACGAUGACGGAGAGCUGUUUGCUAGCAUGGUCCACAUCCUCAUGGGCUCCUGCUACAAGACAAAGAAAUUUCUCCUGUCGCUGGCUGAAAAUAAACUGGGACCCUGCAUGCUCUUGGCCCUGCGGGGGAACCAGACCAUGGUGGAGAUCCUGUGUUUGAUGCUGGAGUACAACAUCAUAGAGAACAAGGACACUCAGCUACAGAUCAUCUCCACCCUGGAGAGCACCCAGGUCGGCCUGCGCAUGUACGAGCAGCUGUGCGACAGACAGAGGGAGCUUAAAGAACUGCAAAGAAAAGGAGGCCCUACUCGACUCACUCUGCCAUCUAAAUCGACGGAUGCCGACUUGGCUCGUCUGCUGAGCUCCGGUUCCUUCGGCAAUCUGGAGAACCUCAGCUUGGCGUUCACCAACGUCACCAGUGCCUGUGCUGAACAACUCAUCAAACUGCCAUCCCUCAAACAGCUCAAUCUGUGGUCCACCCAGUUUGGAGAUGCUGGGCUCCGUUUGCUGUCGGAGCAUCUGGCCUGUCUGCAGGUUUUGAACUUGUGUGAGACUCCAGUCACGGAUGCUGGCCUGCUCUCCCUCAGCUCAAUAAAAAGCCUGUGCAGCCUGAAUAUGAACAGUACUAAACUCACAGCGGACACAUAUGAAGACCUGAAGGCCAAACUACCCAAUCUAAAGGAAGUGGACGUUCGCUACACAGAGGCGUGGUGAACACGAUGCUCGAGGAGAUUUAUAGACAGGAAAUCGCUGACACAUCAUCCGAACACAACAUAAUCAAGAAGCAAGGACUGUGUUUAUAGGAACAUCAUUCAAACGACAAGGACCUUCUGAUAAUAUCAUAAACGCUCAAGAAUCAUCUAGUGUCUCAUCCGAGGAUGCUCUUCGCAGCGGCGUCAAAAUGCAAGAAUAUGUCCCGUGACAUCAUCAAACAGCACAGGAACCUUUCUAACGACAUCACCAGGGGACUUUUUCCUCUGUCUCGUUCUCGCCUUUAUCUCAGACCCUUCAGAGGAACCGUGUCCCUCGUCUUAACCCAUAACUGGCGUCCCUUUUUGUCCCCCCGAAGACAUCAGACCACCUGGAUACAUUUCCCCUGUGGUACCAGCGUCUGGUGAAGGCCUGAAUAUUCAGAGCCACAUUCCAGUACAGUUUUGAUAUCACUUCCUGUGUGGAAAGCCAAUUUCCACUUAAGGUUUUUUUUUUUUUCUUGUUACAUGUGUGCUUGGUCUUCUCGGUUCAGAGUCCAUCAUUUUUGCAUCCUCACAGAGAUUUCUGGUGUAAAAUGUGUCUGUUAACAAUGUUCACGUUCAUCUCUAUAUCUCUAUUGCUCUGAAAAUCUUUUUUUUUUAUCAACUUGAAUAAGCAUAUUUUUCCAUACACUGCUUUCAUAUACGUGUGUGUUUGUAAAGAAAAUCGACGUAUCCCCAUUUUUAAUGCGGACAUUUCUGGGGCUUCGCUCAACAACAAAAAAUUCCUUUCCCUUCCUCUUCUCUCUUCUUUUUUUAGCCACAUUGUACAGUGUAAUUUUAAUUUCACACCCGUAUUUAAGAGAACAUCGUCCAGGAAGUAGUCUGGGACUACUUUGUAUUUAUGAGCCCCCCUUUCUGGUCCUAUUUUCUUUUAUUAAGUUCUUUUGUCAAGCAUACUGAACCAAGAUGGUGCCUAAAACAUUUUCUGUAAAGAUUGCAUCACCUAGCAACGUCAGUUGUACAUAGAUACAUUAUGAACUUUUAAACCGAUUAAUAGGCUUUAUUAUUCUCUGUAAACUUUGCCUCUAGUGGUCGAUAGGAGUCCACCAUGAUUGUCCUGCCACAACGGUUGACAAUGUUCCGCAUAUUUAUAUCAAAUCGAGCCAUGUGCUAUGUUCAUUAUGGCUUGUUAUGCAGUUUAACCUUUUUAUAUUUCAUUUUCUCGCUUUUGUGAUCAGCGUCUCUCCAAACGUAUAGAUUAUGACCAUUGUAAUUAGUUACAGUCAAUAUCUUGACUAGUAGAGAAACGAGACGGAUCUUGUAA